CUGAAGAUGAAUUUAAUAAUAUUAAUGAGUAUUUUUAUAAAUAUUUUAUUAGUAACUGAAGGUGCGAAUCCUUCAGAUGGAAUUACCCGUCUUAAAAACAAAGUUAAUGAGGCCGUUAAUGGCUUAACGCGUUACAGUAAUUCACUAGAGUCGAAUUUAAAGUACAAAUUGAGUAAUUUAAAAUUAAAUCAAAUGACUAAUGUCAACAAUGCUGUUAAUCCUGCGAUUGAUGAAACGCGGAAAGCAAUAACUGCAGCAAAUGCGCAAGGCAAAAAUGCAAAUAAUUGUUUUGAGCCGAUGAGAUUACGCCUGAGAGAUGCGAGUCAAGCUGCAUUUAAUUCCCUUGAUAAAUGCGUUAAUGAUCAAAUACUAACAUUAAAAUCUGUCGAGCAAAAUAUUGAGACUCAUCUUCUUAACGGCAAAUUAUUACUAUCAAAAUUAGAUUUGAUAAUGAUAAACUGCGCAUCAGGAACGCCAAUACAGGUCCAAGUGUGUAUUGCCCAAAAAAUGCCGGAAGCUAAUAGUUCAGUGAACAAUUACGAGUCUACUGUCAGCCAAUUGAAGAAUACUGGGGAUUCGAUAUCGAGUUCUGGAAUUACUGGCGCAAUGCGUUGCUUUCAAACGCCAAUGACUACUCUUUACAAUAAUGUUAGUUCGGCAAAGAUAGCUACAAGUACUUGUAUAAAAAAUGCUUAG